AUGGCAGACCUUAGCAAUAUCCUCGCCGCGCUGGCGGCACAGAGGCAAGGUAGCACUCCGCAAACCGCUCCCCCUCCACCUGUUCCUGGUGCCUCUUACCCUCCACCUCAAUACGCCACUCCCCCCGGCAGCGCACCGCCCUACGGACUCCCUCAGCCCAUACACUCCGGGAGUGUCGACUUGACCAACAUAAAGCCAGUCAGCUCCGGCUCUGUCAGCAUUGCCGAUGCUGUCGCCAAAGCUCGGGGCAUCGCUGCCGAAAAGGGCAUCUCUUAUGAUCCUAGUAGACCACCUAUGAACCCAUCAGAUCUUCGCACUGGAAGUAGAACGUACCGACGCUCAAGGUCACCCUCUCGGUCUCCCCCCCACCGCGAGGGCUAUCGCGAUGCCUACAAUACUUACAGGGAUGAACGACGCGGGAACGAGCGCGGUUACAAUAGAGAGCGCUCCUUUUCUCCAAGAGGCGGACGUUAUUCUCCUGGGCGAUAUCGAGAUGAUCGCUCACCUGGGCUUGACCGAGGAGGUGAAGGCGAAUCAGAAAUUCUACCUCUCGACAAAGGUGUGGUAGGUCUUAUCAUCGGACGUUCUGGAGAAAAUCUACGCAGAGUCGAAAACACAACAGGCGCUCGGGUACAAUUCAUGGAUGGACCCGAAGUGCCUGGACCUCAACGGCACUGCAGGAUAUCUGGCAGUCGAACGGCCCGGACAGCGGCCAAGGCCGAGAUUUUCAGGAUCAUUGACGACAACGAAGUUGUGAAGAGGGGUCAGGACAAGCCCCGCACCAACCAAACCAAGGUCACGAGUACCAAAGAAGGCGACAGCCUUCAAAUGAUGGUCCCCGAUCGCACCGUGGGUUUGAUUAUCGGUCGAGGAGGAGAAACUAUUCGAGAUUUACAAGAUCGAAGUGGAUGCCAUGUCAACAUCGUUGGAGAAAACAAGAGCGUGAAUGGUAUGCGACCGGUCAAUCUGAUUGGCAGUGCGUCGGCACAGCAAUAUGCAAGAGAUUUGAUCCUUGAGAUUGUAGAGAGUGAUCAGAAAGGUAUCAGCAUCAAAGAUCUCCACCGUGAGCGAGAGGACUCGCACGGCAAGAUUAACGAUAGUAUCGUUGUACCCGGCGAAGCGGUGGGUAUGAUCAUCGGCAAAGGGGGUGAGUCCAUCCGUGACAUGCAGAAUCAAACAGGGUGUAAGAUCAAUGUCUCGCCUGCUGCUGGACGAGAUAUUGAACGCGAAAUUGGUCUUAUCGGUAGCCGGCACGCCAUUGAUGCCGCCAAACGUGCGAUCAUGGAGAAAGUCGACGUUGUGCGUGCUCGGACACAAGCUCGUGAACGUGAAAGUCGCGACGACUAUACGGACAGGUAUUCCGGACAGCAGCCUGUGUAUCCUCCCGCUGCCGGUGGUAUUGCCCAAGGCGUUGCACCACCCCCAGCGGCAGGGGAGGCAGACCCAUAUGCUGCAUAUGGUGGCUACCAGAACUACCUUCAGAUGUGGUAUGCCGCCAUGGCAGCUCAACAACAAGGUGGCCAAGGUCAAGGUGAGCAACGAUGA